GCAGUGUUUAUCAACUUCCAGGUUGAAGCCCGUUCUAUUCGCUAGUGACCGUAUAGUGAAUGAAACUAUAAGCAGUUUUUUUUUUUAAAUUAUUAUUAUUAUUAUUUAUUAAGAUGGCUGGGGAAGAGGCUUUGCGCCCUUUGAUGUUUCUUCUACUUUAUAUGCUGAUGAAGAGAAGAACCGACAUAAAUAACGCCAACGUCCAGAGACGCAAUGAAAUCCAGAGGAGAGUGCGGCACCGGCAGUACUUUUUCCAGCGACAGAGACGAAUGCUUAUGAUGCUGAUUGCCCGCAGCAGCCGCUGCACCUGUUGCUUCCGGACCAGGGCCUGGACCAACAUCCAGAGCACAGACUGGUGGGAGAGAGUGGUGAUGAACGAGUUCCAACCCCGGGACUGGCUGGAGAAGUUCCGCAUGUCCAAGGACACCUUCUUCUUUAUCUGCAACAAGCUGAAGCCCAAACUCGCCCGGCAGGACACUCACUUCCGCCUCGCCCUGCCCCUGGAGAAGCGCGUGGCCGUGGCCCUGUGGCGGCUGGCCACCAACGUCGAGUACCGCACCAUCAGCGUCCUGUUCGGGGUGGGUCGCUCGACGGUGUGCAAGUGCGUGCGGGAUGUGUGCCACGCCAUCGUGUCCCUCUUGAAGCCUCUGUACCUGCAGCAGCCCAACGAGCACGAGCUGGAGGACAUGGUGCGCCUCUUCAACACCCGCUGGGGUUUCCCUCACUGCGUGGGAGCCAUCGAUAGUCUGCACAUCUCCAUCAUCGCCCCGCCGCAGUACACGGUCGACUACUGGAACAACAAGUGCUGGCAUUCCGUGGUGCUCCAGGGGGUCGUCAACGGCUUGGGCCAGUUCUGGGACGUCUGUGCCGGCUUCCCAGGUAGCACCGAGGAUGUCACCAUCCUGCAGAACUCUACCCUCUGGGGCACCGCCACGGAGGGCGGCCUCUUUCCGGACCCGCCCAAGGAGUUUACGGGCAAGCCUCUCAAGUACGUCCUCCUGGGCGAUGCGGCCUAUCCCCUUCAAAGCUGGCUGCUCAAGCCCUACCCAGAGUCCAAAGACCUGACGGCCAGGCAGCUGAAGUUCAACUACAGGCUGAACCGAGCCCGCAGCGUCAUCGAGAACGCCUUCCUGCGCCUCAAGGCCCGCUGGCAGUGCCUGCACAAACGCAACGACUGCAGUCUGGACCUAGUGCCCACCAUGAUCCUUGCCUGCUGCAUCCUCCACAACGUGUGUGAGGUGCACAGCGACUCGUUCAAUGAGGACUGGCUGGAGGCCAUCAACCAGCCCGACUUCCCGCAGCCCUCGGACAUCGUGCCGACGGCCCUGGACGACCCGGAGGGCGAGGCGGUGCGCUCUCUCCUCUGCGACUAUUUUGAGCGUCAGCAGGAGUGAAGUGAGGGGUGGGGGGCUCAUCCCUCUCUGCCUUGGGGGCAUCUGAGGACCCCCUGCUAAAACGGACGAGAAUGUGAACGACGAUUGAAAUGGAGGACAGACCCCAAACCACUACGUUCUCAGAGUCUGGACUUUUCCUGUUCCGGUUGAGUGUUGUCUUGGACAAACGCUGCCCCCUGGUGGUCAGUGCUGUUAAUUGAUGAUGUUAUGAAGGGGGUGAGCGCUCCCGUUUACUCCGCAGGAUGCCAGGUCAACGCACUCUUCUCUUUUUACAUGGUAACAGAAAAGAAAAGACCCAAUUCUGCUAACACGCCUUUGUAUUGUUGGCACAUAUGCUCUGUUUUUUAGUUUCAACCCUAAUGUGGCGGCAGGCUUAACAAGGCAAUGCCACCGCGGGCACCCACGUGUAUAUAUAGACUGCUGAUCUGCUGGAUGCCCAUUCCACGUGCUAAGAAGAGACCCCCGGACUUGAGCUCCAUGGCUAACCCAGUGUCCAAGUCAAUUGUAAAGCCAUCCUGACUGUGGGCAUCAAGGAGGGAGGCCAAUGAGUGGGCAUAGCAAAAGCUGGCAUCGGAUUUUGGCGUCAUUGUUAGUUGAAAUAUUCCUGAGCCUGGGCACAAACUGAAUGGAUGGAUUUGCAUUGUUGGCACAUAAGAACUUUUUAUUUAUUCAGUUCCAGCCUAAUGUGGUGUGGGGCUUAGCAAGGGCGACGCCACAGUGGGCACCUACAUGUAUACACUGCCGAUCUGCUGGAUACCCCAUUCAGCUGCAAGGAAGAGACCCCCAGACUUGACCUUCAUGGUGUCCAAGUCAAUCGUAAAGCCAUCCUGACUGUGGGCAUCAAGGAGGGAGGCCAAUGAGUGGGCAUUGCAAAAGCUGGCAUCAGAUUUUGGCGUCAUUGUUAGUUGAAUUAUUCCUGAGCCUGGGUACAAACUGAAUGGAUGGAUUUGCAUUGUUGGCACAUAAAAAUUUUUUAUUUAUUCAGUUCCAGCCUAAUGUGGUGUGGGGCUUAGCAAGGGCGAUGCCACAGUGGGCACCUACAUGUAUACACUGCCGAUCUGCUGGAUGCCCCAUUCAGCUGCAAGGAAGAGACCCCCAGACUUGAUCUUGAUGGCUUCAUGGUGUCCAAGUCAAUCGUAAAGCCAUCCUGACUGAGGGCAUUGGGGAGACCAGUGACUGGGCUUAAGGAAAGCCAUGGCAGUAGAAUGGCAUCAGAUUUUAGUGUCAUAGUUAUUUGUAAGCUGAAUGCCGCUACCACGUGAAUUGAAAGAAAGUAUUUGCAUUGUUGACACCUGCGGUCUUUUUAUUUAUUGUUUCCGUUUGUCAGUUCCAUCCUAAUGUGGCGCGGAACAUAGCAAGGGCAAUGCCACAAUGGGCACCUACAUAUAUAUAUAUAUAUACACACACAUAUAAAU